AUGGAUUCAGGAGAUGCCUCUAUUCCAAGGAGGAAGACUAGACAACAAUUUUUAAAAUUUUGUGUGAAUUUUAUUGAGAAAAGGAAUAGGUCAUGUCAAAAUGGUAAUCCUACAGGGUCUUCCACUUGUUCAGUGAAUAUUAAAGAGGAUGUGAGUCGUGGGAGGAAAAGAAAAAUGGUGGAGGAAAGCACAGAUUUUGGAAGUGACAAGACAAUAAUGCGAAUAUUGGAAGAUGGAAGUAUGGUAAGAAAUAGGGACAAAGGGCAAAAAAAGAGUGGACAAUGGGAGAGGGAUGAUGAUAUCCUUAAACAGCCUUUCAUCAAGGAAAUAUCUGAUGAUGAUGAUAACUCGGAGGAGGAGGUGAAUGAUUCUGAUGUUGUUGCAAUUGGGGAGGCUGCUGCAGGAUCAGCUGUAAAUACUGGAUCAGGAUCUUGGUCCAACUUAAGAAGCCAGAGGAGUUUGCUAUUACCAAUCGCAUCUUCCGAGUCGAAAUCUAAAGCUUCAUCUUCUGAGUCAGAGUAUGAAGCUUCAUCUUCUGAGUCAGAAUCUAAAGCGUCAAGCGACGAGGAUAGCGAUGACCCCAAUGACAAGAAGUACCGGAUACAUAAAUCCUCAAGUUCUAAAAAAUCUGCUUAUAGAAGAUGUGAUUUUGAUAAUGAGGAAUCCAAAGAUGGUGAUAAAUCGAAAGAUGAUGAUCUGAGUUGUCCAAUAGAGCAAGAUAUCAAUGAAGAAGGAAAAAAGGAGUCAAAUGGUUGGGAGAUAGUACCUUAUCUUGCUGUUGAGGGUAUGUCACUUCGUGAAUCAGUGUGCAUUUUCGUUGAACAAUUUCAACUUUCUAUAGCAUCUGUUCAUGAAGUAGUGCAACCUUCUGCAGCAACAUCAGUUCAAAAAUGUACACUAGUUCAUGAAACAGUGGCACCAGUUCGUUCAAACCAGUGA